UUACCUCAUGCUGGCCCCCCUCCACAGUGAGACGGCUGAUGGAUACUUCGAGACCAUCAUCUCGGCCCUAGAUGAGCUGGACAUCCCCUUCCGGAAGCCGGGCUGGGUGGUGGGCCUGGGAACCGACGGCUCUGCCCCGCUGCGCUGCGGGGGAGGCCUGGUGGAGAAGCUGCAGGAGAUCCUGCCCCGGCUGCUGCCGGUGCACUCUGUAGCCCACCGGCUCCCCCUGGCCGUGGUCGAUGCCUGCGGGGGCAUCGGCCUGGUCAAGAAGUGUGACCGGCACAUCCGAACCGUCUUCAAGUUCUACCAGUCCUCCAACAAGAGGCUGAAUGAACUGCAGGAAAGCGCGGCUCCCCUGGAGCAGGAAAUGGUCCGCCUGAAGGACCUGAAUGCGGUCAGGUGGGUGGCCAGCGAGAGGCGCACGCUGAACGCGCUCACCCUGAGCUGGCCCGCCCUGGCCAGGCACCUCCAGAGCGUGGCGGACGCGGGUGGGCAGGUUGGGCACAGGGCCCAAGGCAUGCUGAAGCUGAUGAAGGGCUUCCAUUUCCUCAAGUUCUGCCACUUCCUCUUGGACUUCCUGAGCCUCUACCGGCCUCUGUCCGAGGUGUGCCAGAAGGAGAUCGUUCUGAUCACUGAGGUGAACGCCACGCUGGGGCAGGCCUACGUGGCACUGGAGACCCUCCGUCACCGGGCAGGCCCCAAAGAGGAAGAGUUCAAUGCCAGCUUCAGGGAUGGGCGGCUCCACGGCAUCGUGCUGGAGAGGACUGAGAUGGCAGAACAGCGGUUCCAGGCAGACAGGGAGAGAGUUGUCCUGACGGGGAUCGAAUACCUCCAGCGGAGGUUCGACGCUGACCGUCCCCCACAGCUCAGGAACAUGGAGGUGUUUGACACCAAGGCCUGGCCAAGCGGGAUGGCCCUGGCCAGUUUUGGGAAUGACGACAUCCUGACCCUGGCCAGGUAUUUUGAGCUCUCGCUGCCCCCAGGAUACAGCAAGCAGGCGCUGCUGGAGGAGUGGCUGGGCCUGAAGGCCGCGGCCCAGAACCUGCCGUUCUCCAUGCUGUGUGAGCACGCGCUGACCCGGCACCACCGCUUCCCCCUGCUCAGCCGGCUCCUGGCCCUGGUGGUCUGUGUGCCCGUCUCCACUGCCUGCUGUGAGCGCGGAUUCAGUGCCAUGAACCGGAUCAGGACCGACGAGAGGACCAAGCUCUCCAACGAGGUGAUCAACAUGCUCAUGAUGACGGCCGUGAAUGGCGUGGCAGUCACAGAGUAUGACCCCCAGCCGGCCAUCCAGCACUGGUACCUGACCUCCUCAGGCCGGCGGUUCAGCCAUGUCUGCACCUGUGCCCCGGUGCCGCCCCGCUCUCACGCAAGGGCGGGGCUCAGGAAGAAGACUGGCGCGUUCUGCAGGGAGGAGCCCACCGCCCAGAAGCCUCCCGGCCUGUCCUGCAGGGAACCGAUGGAGGUCCUGACAGCCUGCGUCCCGGAACCUCCUGAGAGGCUCCUGUCUCCCCUCCUUGGCCAGGAGGCCCCAGGCUGUCCUGCCAAAGCGCUCCUGUAGUAGGAACAGGAAUCUGAGGGGUUCACUCCUUGGAGCCCCCUGCUGCCCUGGCCCCGUGAUCGUGGUGACAGGCCCUGGGAUUCGAGGCCGCCCGAGUCUUCACUGGGUGGGACUCUAAGCACCGGGAUGUGGGCAGUGACAAGACAGUUAAAGCCACACCCCGGGAGGCAGGGAGUUAGGAGGUGCACGACCUGUUUCCCGGGGCCCUUCUCCAGGCCCAGGGGGACCUCACAGCACUUAUAUAUGCACAGAGGUUCUAUCUCAAGCUCACUUUCAAGGUGCUUCAGCACGUAAUCCCAUCAUGAAAGCCCCAGCUUCUGGUGGCAAGGAGACUUUUCCGAAGUGGGAAUGACAGCUAGGGGAAGGGGCUUUAAGGAGCACUCCGGCCCCUGGGUAGUUGGGGAGCAUCCAGGGGGCAGCCCACAGCCUGAGGCACGAGGUGAGGGCAGAGGGUGAGCAGGACUGGGGCCGGCCUGGCUCCGGGCUGUCCCCCUGGCUCCACAGAAGCAGGGAAGCCUCAACCUCACAUGGGAGACCUGCGUCAGAGGCUGUCUCUGCCUCGUCGCGGGGCCUGCCUCUGCGAUGCAGCAGGCAGAACCCCUGCACCCUGAGCAGCCGACAGCUCCUGGACGGGAGGAGUGUCUCCCUGGAGGGGCCCGGCGCUUCCCACCAGUACAGCCCCUGUGUCAUGCUGAGCCCUGGAUUUCUGCGGAG